GUCGACUUCAGUCCUCCGAGCUCCCUUCCACCAGCCAUCCUGGCCCACCUUCCCCAUGGACUACCUGAGGACACUGGGCUCCGCUGCUGUUUCGUCGUUGGUACAGAAGUCUGGCCUCACACUCCCAUUCUCGACAGGCGCAAGGGUCACCGCGUACGACGGUCGUUCAAUCUGGACAUUAUAUGAAGGCACGAAGCGUGACGAUAGUUCCCCCGUGUCAAUCUUCGAGUUCGAUGCAAAUCAACCAGGCAAGCGUAAUGUGUUCCCACUCGCCAAGAACGCGCUGCGAAAGCUGCGCACCAUCCGACAUCCGGACGUCCUUAGGUUCAUGGAUGUGGUAGAGACAGACUCUACGAUUCACGUUAUGACCGAACGUGUCCGACCACUCGCGCCUGCCAUCAACGAGUACUCCUCCAAGGCUGCACAAGAACGCGAAGACUGGCUUCUCUGGGGACUUCACCGCGUCUCGGUGGCUUUCGCGUUUGUAAAUGACUCGGCGGCGUCCACACAUGGAAACAUCCGUGUGGACUCCAUCUUCAUCUCUGCGUCUGGGGAAUGGAAGUUGGGAGGCUUCGAAUUGUUGAGUAGUCCUAAAGAUGAUGCGGCAGUUCUCUAUACCAUGGGUAGCUUGCUGCCUGACGCGAAUGCGUGCGCACCUCCAGAAGUGAAGAAAGGCGGCUGGUCCGUACUGAAAGAACAGAACCCAGCCGCCGCGGAUGCCUAUACACUAGGGCUCCUCAUUCACUCUACUUUCAACCCAACCCAACCUCCGCCUGCGACCGCUCAGCCGCCACAUCCUCCACCUACCGCUGCUUCGCGGGGAGCUAUACCUCAAUCAUUGUUUGGAUGCUACAAGCGACUCCUGAAUCCAAAUCCGAAAGCGCGUCUCACACCCAAGAACUUCCUCGAGCUCGGCAUGGCGGAGGUCACAGGUGAAAGCUCGGGUUUCUUCGCUAACAACCGCCUCGUCAAGGUAUGCGCGGGUUUGGACAACUUCAGUUUGGGAAGUGAGGCCGACAAGGCAUCACUGCUCAAGACACUCAAAGAAUCCUCGUCGUCUUUUCCAUCUGAGUUUGUGUCGUACAAAGUGUUGCCUUCGCUUGUCUCCGCUCUGCAGUUCGGCGGUGCAUCAGCACCCGCUAUCCUCCCUUUAGUACUGCAGAUGGGAAAGGUUGUGGCAGCACAAGACUACUCCUCCGUCAUUCUCGUACAUCUCGUCAAGCUAUUCGCAAGUCCUGACCGUGGCACGCGCCUCGCACUGCUUGAGCAUCUUCCAGAGUACGCCGACAAACUCGACAAGAAGACGGUCGUCGACAAAAUCUGGCCGCCUUUGCAAACCGGCUUCUCAGACACGGUCGGACUCAUCCGCGAGGCGACCGUCAAGUCGAUCAUCCUCCUCUCCGACAAGUUCAACGACCGCAUCCUUAAUAACGACCUCCUCCGAUACCUCGCGAAGAUGCAAGGAGACCCCGAAGCGUCCAUCAGGACAAACACCUGCAUCCUCAUCGGCCGCCUCGGCCCCACGCUCGGGUACAAUACCAAGCGCAAGGUGCUCGUGCCCGCGUUCACGCGCGCGCUCAAGGACCCGUUCGUGCACUGCCGGGUCGCGGGGGUGAUGGCGUUCAUGGCGACCGCGGACUGCUUCGAGACCGAGGAGCUCGCGACGAAGGUGAUCCCGAACAUGGCGUUCGCGAUGAUCGACAAGGAGAAGCUCGUCCGCGACCAGGCGUUCAAGGCGGUCGAGCUCUUCGUGAAGAAGCUCGAGGAGCACGCCGCGGCGAUGCCCGAGACGGCAAUCGCAGAGAACGACGCUAUGCCGGGCUUCAACCUCCCGCCGACGUCUCCCGGCUCGAAUGGCCUCGUGAACAGCGCGGCGGGGGCUGCGGGUGCACUCGCCGGAUGGGCAAUCUCGUCCAUCGGGAAGAAGCUCGCAGCGGGUGACCUCUCAAGUGUCAUCGACGGUGCAGGACCGUCUCGUCCCACAUCAGCCCCCCCUCCCGCCUCACUGUCAUCCCAGCCCACGAACAGCCUCAGCGGCUCCGCAGGUACACUCGGGCGACCCACUGCUCCUUUCGGUCCGACGCUCUCCUCACCAGCCGUCCCGCGCCCAACCAGCGUAGUCGGUACUUCCUUCACGAAAUCGAAGGGCAUGCAUCUCGGGGCGAGCAAGGUCCCCACGAGUUCAAGCUUGUCUGACUGGGCGAUGGAGGCCGCCGCGGAGGCUGAGAGCGAGGAUACGGUGAACGCUGGAGGGAAUCCGUGGGGGAGCGAUGACCUGAUGGACGUCAAUGCCGAUCAGGACGAUUGGAGUACUUUCGAGAGUGCACCGGUGCGCGCGCCGGUGGUAGAUCUGAGCUUCGACAGCGAUGUCCCGCCAGGCGCUUUCUCGCCCAGCGACGACUGGGGACUCACAUCGCCGGCCCCCACGCAAUCGACGAUAGUGAUACAUCAGCCCAAGCCUACCUCUGUUACAAAGAUUUCAGCGUCAGCGACUACACGCUCGCCGCCGCCUGCUCACCGAGCCUCCACCGUCUCCUCAUACGCACGAUCGCCGACGCCAUCUGAAAGAACAGCGAGUCCCGCGCCGGAUAAGGCGCAGGCCAACAGUACGGCAUCGAUGACGAAGGAGGAGAAGGCGCGGAGAUGGCGAGGCGGAAGGAAGAGAGAAAACAGAGGAUCGCUGCGCUGAAGGAGCAGAAGAAGCAUACAGGUGCUGCCAAGACGUAGUAUAGUACCUGUGAUUGCACUCUGCAGCCCCUUUCUGAGGCUCUGUCGCUGGUUUCUGUCAUUAUGUCGGAUAUGUAACAGCCAAGUGCUGUGCUUCGAGACACGCCGGCGCCCCCUCCAGACCGACUUCACGCUGAGCAGAUCUGUAAGGGUUCAUUGCUUUCAGACAACAAUGAACGACGCCCCCGCCACUGGUGUACGGAGACGAGCCUCCAGAGGGCCCCUUUA